GAUCAAUUUCGUUCCUAUACAUUGCGGACACAUUGUGUGUAGAUUUUGCAUUCGUAAAUUUGUUUUACGUUACAUUUUCUUAAUUCUUCAAACAUUGUUUUGUGUGUGAUUUGUUAGCGGUCUACGUAAAGACUUCGCAAUGAGUACGAUUUUGGAAAAGAUCGCCCAAAUCGAGGCCGAGAUGGCCCGUACUCAGCGGAACAAAGCCACAGCUGGUCAUUUAGGUUUGCUGAAAGCACGACUGGCCAAGUUACGGCGUGAACUUAUCACACCGAAAGGUGGUGGCGGUGCUUCCGAGCAAGGUUUUGAAGUGUCCAAAACGGGAGAUGCUCGCGUGGGCUUUGUCGGGUUUCCGUCAGUGGGGAAAUCGACGUUACUCUCCAAUUUGGCCGGUGUAUACUCUGAGGUUGCGGCGUAUGAGUUCACAACGCUUACGACCGUUCCGGGAUGUAUUAAAUACAAAGGUGCAAAGAUUCAGUUGUUGGAUUUGCCGGGAAUCAUUGAAGGUGCAAAGGAUGGCAAAGGUCGCGGUCGGCAGGUGAUUGCUGUUGCUCGGACAUGUAAUUUGAUUUUUAUGGUACUCGAUGUGCUGAAACCACUGACCCACAAGCAAAUUUUGGAGCAUGAGUUGGAAGGAUUUGGGCUACGAUUGAACAAACAACCGCCGAACAUCAGUUUCCGGAAGAAGGACAAGGGAGGAGUCAAUUUGAAUGCGACAGUGAGCCAGUCCGAACUAGAUUUGGACACGGUCAAGUCUAUUUUGUCCGAGUAUAAGAUACACAACGCUGAUAUCACGCUGAAGUAUGAUGCGACGACGGAUGAUUUGAUCGACGUAAUCGAGGGGAAUCGGAUCUACAUUCCGUGCAUCUAUCUGUUGAACAAAAUCGAUCAAAUCAGCAUUGAAGAGCUGGACGUGAUUUACAAGAUUCCUCACUGUGUACCGAUUUCUGCUCAUCACCACUGGAACUUCGACGAUCUGCUGGAAAUGAUGUGGAGAUAUCUGAAACUUGUGCGAAUUUACACCAAACCCAAGGGACAACUUCCAGAUUACAGUUCACCAAUUGUGUUACACCACGAACAUACGACGAUCGAAAAUUUCUGCAACAAAUUGCAUCGGACAAUCGCAAAGGAAUUUAAAUAUGCUCUGGUGUGGGGCUCAUCUGUGAAGCAUCAGCCGCAAAAGGUAGGUAUCGAACACGUUCUGAACGACGAAGACGUUGUUCAAAUCGUCAAGAAAAUUUGAACUGCAAUCAGUACUCAUUGGCAGCAUUUUUGUAGGCAUGCUAAUAACACGAAAAAUUAUGAAAACAUUUAAAA